AUGGGUGUCAUUUGCGCAUUGCUCAUCGUAUUGUGUACCGUCUGCAUGGAUUGUAUUAAUAGCUACGGCGAGCGUUCAUCAUGCGAUUUUUCGGUAUGCCAAGAAGAAGAAGAACUGCCUGUAGAUUGCGAAGUAGAAUGCGAAGCUGAAUGCGAACUUGUAUGUCCAACUGAACCUGCACCUGAAUGCGUACCUGAAUGCGCCGACGAAUUGUCAGUUUCGGCAGAUUCUUGUGGAGACUAUGCAACGUUUGCGAGGAGAUACACAUUAACCGAUAAUAUUUACAGAGACGGUACGCCCGAAGCGAUAAUGGCCGAUGAAACGACUCCGUUGAUUGGGGCGAUGGGGCGCGCUCCUUCGCUCGCCAUCAGCGAGUUACGUGGGGGAGCACAGCAAGACAGCUUUGAGUCGGCCGCGAUCCCGCUUCCGGGCCCGCCAACCACCACGCUUCCGGUCCCGUACCCGAUCCCGCUUCCGGGCCCGCCAACCACCACGCUUCCGGGCCCGCCAACCACCACGCUUCCGGUCCCGUACCCGAUUCCGCUUCCGGGCCCGCGCUCGAUUCCGAUCCCGCUCUCAGGCCCGAUUCCUUUGCCGGCCCUGCCCCCAAUACCUGACUCGACCCGCAAAUCGGCUCGAAGCCAAGUUCUAGCACCGUACGGCACCGAAGCCCUAGCCCCGAUCGGAAACCAAGACCAAGCCUCGAUAAGAACUCAAGACCUAACUUCGAUAGGAACCCAAGACCGAUUCUCGAUAAUAACCCUAAACCCAAGCCUAGACUCAGCUCCGAUGGAAACCCGAGCCGUAGUCCCGAUGGGAUAUCAAGCCAUAGCUCCGAUGGAAACCCGAGCCGCAGUCCCGAUUGGAAUUCAAGCCAUAGCCACGAUGAAGACCAAAGCCCUAUCCCCGAUGGGAAGCCAAUCCUUAGCUCCUAGGACCCAAACCCUAUCCACGACGCAAACCCAAACCAAAGUCAUAAAGAGGAUCAGAAACCAAGCCCAGUCGCGGACUCAAGCUCCAUCCACGUCGCGGGCCAAAGCCCCAGCCCGUGACCCGACGCGGAGCCAAGCUCACUCUGACCCGACCUCGGCCCGAACCCCGGUCUGGCCCUCAAACCGAGUCCCGGUUCCGGACAAGAUCAUAGAACCGUCCAAGUCACUUCGAGAACCGGACGACGAAAGCGAACUAACUGAGACAUCAUCUGAUCUAUCAUCCUCAAUAUCAAGUGACGAGAGCGAUGACAAUCGGUCGCUAUUCAAAGAUAGCGCUGACGGUCCUUCUGGUUCCGAUGGCGAAGUAGAUCCUCCACCAUCUCGUGUAAAGAGAGUCUCCACCAUAGCUACUUCAACCGUCAGAUCUUCGACGCCGUCGUCCAGUGAGCAGACCUCAAGAACUGAUUAUGACAUCAUGGAUGGGUCAUGGAAUGAUAAUGAUGCGGCACCUUCCGGGUAUCUUUAUGAUGAUGGUAAUCUGAGUAGUGAUGCUGUUGAUAUCGUAUAUAGUGGUGAUGAUAGUGAUGACGAAGUGUCGUCUAUGGUGUCAGAUUCUAUUGACACUUCUUCGAAUCCGACGUCAACACCCCAUAACAGCGAUUAG